UGUUUCCAACAGAAUACGUUUUGAGGAACACUGAAUUCUGGUCAUGUGACAUGUAAGAUACUGAUCAUGUGACACUUCAGACUUGCCCGUAGUAUCCGAAGUUUUAAGCUUGAAAAUGGCAUCAGAUCAACAAGACCCAACAAGAAUGCAAACAGAUAACAAAUCUGACAUUUUGUCUGAAAAUCAGUCAGAAGGAAGUCUUCUGUGUGAUGCAACAAAGUCUAAUCAAUCAGAGGGAUGUUUGUAUGAUGACAGGACAUCAAUUGACCAAUUAGAAGAACACUGUCCUGAGGAAAGAUUUACAAACCCAUGCAAAAGGAAGAGAGUACCGUCGACUGAAUACCUAGACGCCAUUGACAAAACAGAGGAUAUCAAUAAUUAUUUUGAAUCACUUCCAAAAACAGAAAGUAUUAAAAAUCACACUUGUGCAAACCUUCUUAAAACUAGAUCACUUGGUGUAGAAGGGUCAUCAUUGGUUCAAGGGUCAUCUUCUUCGGAAAGGCCAAGGUCAUUUGAAAGAGGUCAUGGACAUGAGUGCAAUUUAACAAGAUAUUCUUGUCCUAGAACUGAUAAAUCUGAUAACUCAGGUUUUGAUUCAGAAAUUUGUGUUACAGAACAUGUUACCGUUUCUACUGCUUCUCAGUGUGUUUCUAGUCAAAUUUCAUCUUAUGGAGAUGAUGAGACGGGGGAGACAUUGUGUCCCAUUAGAUCUAAAGGUGAAUCGCCGCCCAUUGUAAAUAAUUCAUCACAUCAAGGUGUUUAUAGUGACAUAGACAGCACAUCAACUUCAAAUCAUAACGAUAAUAAAUUUCAUUGUGGGACAGAUCACCUUUGUCUAUCUGGUACAGGGAAUUCAGUGUUAACAUCAUCUUCCAUUAGGAAACCAUUUUCUAUAUCAACAGCUACAUCGUCAUCAGCAUCUAAACCAGACUUAAUGUCUAAUUCUGGUGAAAUAUCAAAACCAUUACAAGAAACAGAAGCAUUAUUUUCAUCACCAAACUCUUCAACACCAUCACCAAACUCAUCUACUUCAUCACCGAAGCAGACAUUUUCUAUUUCUGUGAUGUCAUCUACGUCUUCAACAUCACAGAGGCCUGUGUUUCCUCGAGGGUUUCCACAACCAGAAGUUGUGUCGCAGCCGAUGCGAGGAUUUCCAGGUGUCAUUGUCAACACAUACAAUUUUGAAAUUCCUAUGAAUAAGGAAACAACUAAUAUGAGUUGCAGGUCAAAAACUUGUGAAGAUGAUGGUGCAACUGAUUCAACCGUCCACUUUAAUAUUCCAUCAUAUCUAUUGAUACAGAUUUUCCAGCAUCUGUCAAUGUAUGACUUGUUACAUAAUGUUUCCAGUGUUUGCAAACUAUGGUAUACUAUCUCUCAUGACCCAGACCUUUGGCGUGUCAUUGACCUUCGGAACCAGGUCAAGGUCACUGAUGUGGUGAUGAAGAACUUGACCUCCUACAGUGAUAGAGUGAUUUAUCUAAAUAUUUCUGACAUUGUAACAAUCUCUGAGGAUUGUCUUGUAAGCACUGUUACGACCUGUAAACACCUAAAAACAUUGAAACUCUCAAGGUGUAUAGCUGUGACGUCUGACAAAGUACUGACAGCUAUCGGUGAAAAUUGCCAUAAUCUACGAAAUAUUCAUCUGGAAGUUUGCUACAGGAUCACUGACAAAGGCCUUGAGGCACUGGCUGCUGGGUGUCGGAAACUUGAGGGUGUUCACAUCAGUCAGUGCGAGGACGUUGGCAACGAAGGAUUGGCUGGUCUGGCGGAGUAUUGUCCACUUUUGAGACGAUUGUCUGUGGAUAGCUGUGCAAAGGUUCAGGAUGAGGGAAUCAUUGCUUUGGCCAAUGGUUGUCCUGAGUUAAGGUUGGUGAAUCUGCACAGUAGCAGCAUAGGUGACGCAGGAGCAUAUCACCUUCAGAAACUUAAGUUUUUACAGACUUUGGACUUGUCUGCUUCAAAUGAGCUGAGCUUACAGACUGUGUGUGCAAUUGCACGACAUUGUACACAGCUGGAAUGUCUGAAUCUGUCUCUGAACCGUAACGUGGAUGAUGGCUGUGUAGAGAUGGUUGCCAUGCAUUGUUCUCACCUGAGGAAACUGUACUGUGUGUCAUGUAACAUUACUGAUACAGGACUAGAGUACCUUGGCAGAUAUGGUCAGAGAUUAGAACACCUGGACCUAGGCUGGUGUCCCUCAGUCACUGACGCUGGUGUCCGCUUUGUCUCUGCAAACUGUCCAGCCUUACGAUACAUUGGUCUUAUUCGGUGUGACCAGGUGACGUCUGAUGGCAUUGAAGAUCUUGUAGACAAAUAUCCACAUAUUAACUAUUCUACGUUUAUUCUGGAGUCAAGAAAAAUCAUUGAAAUGGCAAGGAUGCAGGGCUUCCAGUUCCCCAGCAGUGAUGAGAACGAAACUAAAUUUCCUGUUUUAGUGCAUAAAUGAUAUGGGACAGUAGAGAACAGUAAUGUGCAAUUGUGUAUAUCUUCAGAAGAAUUUCAUGUAUUCUUACUUAUAUAACUCAAUAUCUUCACAGAAAAAAAUAAACAAAGGCUGUUCAAAAUCA